ACUUUGUUCCUGAUGGUCUGCGGCUGCGCACCAUGAAUGCCACGUACUGGUUGACGUUGACAGUCUUGGAGGACACUUCCUGAUGCUGGCACCCGGGUCUAGCCGCUAAGCUAGCUAACAGAUUUUAUUUUCACGGUUUGGGAAAACCUGUGAAACAGCGUGGUCAAGUCGUCUGAUUGAGUGGUGGGAGCAGAAGAGGUCGGACGGCACCAUGAACGGCCAGCUGGACCUGAGUGGGAAGCUGAUCAUCAAAGCCCAGUUAGGCGAUGACAUCAGACGCAUCCCGAUUCAUAACGAAGACAUUACUUAUGACGAGCUAGUGCUGAUGAUGCAGCGUGUCUUCAGGGGAAAGCUGCAGAGUAAUGACGAGGUUGCCAUCAAAUACAAGGAUGAAGAUGAUGAUCUCAUCACCAUCUUUGACAGCUCUGACCUCUCCUUCGCCAUCCAGUGCAGUAGAAUACUCAAACUGACUUUGUUUGUGAAUGGUCAGCCACGGCCUUUGGAGUCUAGUCAGGUGAAGUACCUGCGCAGGGAGCUAAUUGAGCUCAGGAAUAAAGUCAACAACCUCCUGGAUAGCUUGGAGCCCCCCACAGAGCCUGGUCUGGCUGCUACAGCACCGUACAGUGAAGCAGUGGAUGGACGUGAAGGCAAAGUUUUGGCAGCAGACCACACAGUGAAACAUGCCACUCCAGUCAGUGCAGCCAGCAUGUCAGCCUUCGACCCGUUAAAAAACCAGGAUGAGGUCAGCAAGAAUGUCAUCUCCGCUUUUGGCCUCAGCGAGGACCAGGCCCCAGCUCCCCCAGCAGUUGCACCAGAGGAGCGCUCAGGAACCCCUGACAGCAUUGCCUCCUCCUCGUCUGCAGCCCCUCAGCCAGUGGUGCCCCCCCAACCACAGGCUCCCUAUGCAGGAGUACAGCAGGGACCCCCAGCUGGCAUGGAUGGUCAGGUUUAUCAGCAGUACCAGGCUCCAGGUGGAUACCCGCCUCAGCAACCAGGUGCCCCACCUCAGCAGCAGCAGCAGUACAAUAUGCAAUACUCUGGAUACAGCACUCAGCCCGGUGCCCCUCAGCCUGGCCCGCCACAGCCACAGCAGCAGCAGCAGUUUCAGAACUACGCGCCUCCCUCCUCCCAGGCUCCAGCCUCCGGUCCAGCUCCGGCUCCGGCUCCAGCUCCGGGUUUCCAGGGUGGCCAGCAGCAGCCCCAUCCAACUCAGGGAGCCCAGCAGUAUCAAGGAGGCUUCCCUCCCCAAAACUAUACAUCCCAGGCCACCCAGCCUGCCAACUACAGCCUGCCGCCCAGCUCUCAGCCCGGCUCUGGGUACCAACCCCGCCCAGGAUACACCCCGCCUCCAGGCAACACUGUCACCCCUCCACCAGGAUCUGCUAACCCGUACGCUCGCAACCGCCCCCCUUACGGCCAGGGCUAUACUCAGCCAGGCCCUGGGUAUCGGUAAAAAAGGAUAGCGGAUGUUACUAAUCCUUACACACAUCCCAACCCCCCCGUACAAAUAUCAAGUCCAAAUAUGAAACAAGCAACCCCACCCGUCUGAUGGUUAUUGUUUGUAUGCUGUCUCUUCAACACACCACUCUACUCUGGCCCAGGUGUAUGUUCCUUGUGUUAUUUUCCCCUCUUCUCCUGUCUCAUCAGCAAUGUCUGCUCUGCCCUCUUGUAUCCAUAAACAUGUAACCGGUCUGUAUGCACACACCUGGGUGACCAAAACAGGCUGUUGCACAAACUGUUUGUUGUUCUUUUCAUGGUAACGCUUCAUUUUGCAAGUGAGGUCAGCAUCCGUAUUCUGCAUUUGUGUCUUACAUGACCGACAUCUCAACUGCUUGUGUUGAGUUAACUAUGUAUAGAUGCAUUUAUAAGACACUAUCUAAAUGAAAAGUUACCCCUUUUUUGUCGUUUAUUUUGUUCUUUGUUUAGUUUUUUUUUUUUUUUUUUGAUUUUAUCAAUUUCACCACCAUGUCGGUAUUAAUGAUGUGUCAAUGAAACUGCCCCAUGUUGGGAACACUAGCUAACUGAAGGCUUAUGGGAGAAGUAGAUCCCAGUGUCAUAAAUAAAGCUUCUUUUGUUUAGCUAAUUAUAUCAUCUCCAGUAAAGCUUGGUAUUCCUCUCUUUAUCUUAUCACUGGUUUUUACUAUUAAAUCAAAUUCCACCCUCAAGUGAGAUUAGUUGUUUAUGUAUAAACUGUAACAUUUUUUUUCUUGAACCUAAUAAAUGAUUGAGACCCAGUUGAA